AGAAACGGUUUUACCCAUGCUACGCGAAGAACAACGACUGUCGCACGCAGAACCGGCCAGCAUUCCCUGCGGCCAUUUCUUUAUCGAGAGGGAAGCAUUUCAGACUAUGGUACAGAAGAUAUGCGCUCUCCUGCAAGACUCAGAGAUGUAUGCUCUCACAGAGCAAUAUUUAUGUGACAGUGCUGAGCUUGUUGACGGAGGGAGGCAUUUAGUGACCAACACGCUGUGGUUAUGCCGUUACAUUAUGGGUCCUAUAAUCUCAUCCAGAGCUUGCAAAGAUUCGGAAGAAUUUCAAAUCAGAAUGGAAGCGAUGCCCGACGGCACUGCGUUCUUGGAGAACGUCGCUGACGCUCUGGAUCGUUUCAGUCUGCUGUACGGCACGCCGGCCGUCAAUGCGUCAGCAGCAGUCGAAAUUCUCUGCUACAUGGGGCUCACACUGCGUCUCCCGACCGAGAACCGAUUUUUGUUUCCGGCUUUGAUCCAAGAGGAUAAGCCACUGACAGUUUGGACGCCACCAGAAGAGAAUACUGGUAUGGUGUACGCUGGUAUUCGUUUGCAAUGCCAAUUCGAUAUCGAGAUCAUCUCUCCGGCCGUCAUGCCGCUAUUGCAGUGCGAGGCAGCGCAACGGCGUGACGAGAUGCACGUCAUCCUCUGGAAUGGCGGACUGUACGCCGUCGAAGUCGGCGACCAUGUGGAUCCGACCGUCGAGGCCGUCGUUUGCGUCAGCGACAAGAAGAGAGCGAUACGAGCUUUGGACAUUACCGCGCGGGGGCCGCCUCAUUUUCAACACGACGUCAAAAAAUUUCUCGAUAAAUUAGAGAAGAUGACGAUGCGCAUUGUCGACGCCAAGUGUCCCGGCACGAGGAUCGAAAAGCAAUUCCUGAGCCACCAGCACAUCACACGACACACGCAGCGGCCUAUUGCGCAUUCUCUGAACGACAUCCGGGCAGCGAAACGCCACAAUGGCAUCGUCAUGAAGACAACCAAUGCAGAAACAGUGAAAGACUCUGUUGUCGAUCUCCUUGCUGUUGAUGAUGAUCACAUUGUAUACAAACUGCAGUCGUUUGGUAAACAUUGUCGCGGCAAGUGGCUCGAGUUUGGGCGUGUUCUCUUGAAUAGCACGCCUGAUCAGGUCCGCGACGUUGUCGCUCAUCUUGGGCGAGACGCCACAAUGAUGGACAGAUUUUGUCAUGUGAUGGAGGUGUGGAUGAAGACGAACUGGAGAGGGGCGACUCUCGACACGUUUCUGCAGGCUUGUGAUCGCGUUGGAGACGGCCUUAAAGGGAACGUUUUGAGAGAACUGGGACUGGAACAUGAUCCGCACUACUCACACAGCCAUAGACGCUCAAGCUUACCAGAAGAAUGUUGCAAGUCACCUGUGAAAAAGAGAAGAGAAGAAAGAGGAAGCUUCCAGAUGGAAAUGGAGCCCGAUGAUUCCCAUCAUUUGGCGACCCUUUCGGUAUCCGCCAUAUCUAACAUGGCUGCGAGCAAAUUGAGUCCAAAGCAGAUUGUUGCUGUUGCUUGUCAAGUAACUGACAAGUGGGUGCAGUUUGCUUCUAUUUUGGCGCCAGGAAUAUUUACCAUUGCAGCCACCGACGUCAUAGUUAGAAAAUACAGAGACGAUCCAUUCCAGCAAGCUCGAGCCAUGUUGGAGGCGUGGUCUAACGACAUGCACAAACAAGCAUCUUGUCGAGCAGUGAUUAGAACGUUUCUGCAAAUGAAAUUGAAGGCGAAGGCGUGUGAAGUAUUUGGAGACGAAUUGGUAGAAUUUGUUAGUCAGAAUAGGUGAAAAUGUGUAUAGGCGUGUGAUGAGACUCUCGGUUAGUAUAAAUUUAAAGGAAGAAAUGGGAUUAGUUUAUAGAACUGCUGGAGUUUUCUGCA